UUUCCGAAAAGUGUUGCCCUCGGCUUAGAAAGAUGGCUGGCACGGUCACUCACAAACUAGACAGUGCAUGGUUGAUGCUCGCAGCCAUUGGCUUGGCACUUGUUACCCUUCUCAGUGUGUGGAAGUUAAAACAGUUUAAAUACAGACUUAUAAGUGAAACUGGAGGUGCAAUGUUUUAUGGCAUGCUUGUGGGGUUGAUAGUGAGAUGCUUGUCAUUUGACUGGGAAGACAAUAUGGAAACCGUUUGCACUUGUGGUGCUCUUAACAGCACACCUCACCUCUUGACAAUCAACGUCACAUCACACUUAAACUGUUUUAAACGUGUUGGGAGAGUCAUCCAACGAUGCCCAGCGGUCUCCACCCCUCAUACGGAGACCUUUGAUCCCGCGGUCCUUUUCAAUCUGUUCCUGCCACCCAUCAUCUUCCAUGGAGCUUACACCCUUAAUCAGAAACGAUUCAUCGAGAAUCUUGGAUCCGUUUUGACCUUUGCCUUUUUGGGAACCAUAAUCAGCUGUGCGACUAUAGGGGCCUGCGUCUACGGCUUCACCAGACUGAUGGUGCUGUUGGGCCAAGCAGCAGACGGAGACUUCUUCCUCACUGAUUGCCUCCUGUUUGGCGCCAUUAUGUCGGCCACUGACCCAGUUGCAGUCCUUGGCCUGUUGUCAGAGCUGCGUAUGGACCUGGAUCUGCAGGCCCUGCUGUUUGGCGAGAGUGUCCUGAAUGAUGCAGGGGCCAUCGUCCUGACACAUGCCAUCACCACCUAUAGCCGGAUGGGUACAGGACAAACCUUCGACCCCCCUGCCUUCUUCCUCUCUGUUGGUUAUUUUCUUGGGGUUCUUGCCGGCUCCUUCCUCUUGGGUUUCAUAUUCACAGUCAUAACAGCCCUCCUCACCAAAUUCACUCGGCUCUGUGAGAAUCCACUGCUGGAAACAUCUGUCUUCUUCCUGCUGUCCUGGAGCAGCUUCCUCUCAGCUGAAGCAAGCGGACUAUCAGGUAUUGUGGCGGUGCUGUUUUGUGGCUUGAGCCAGGCAAGGUACACAAUUCACAAUUUAUCCCCGGAAGGCAGGACCAGGACCAGGCAGCUCUUUGAAGUCUUCAACUUCCUGGGGGAGAUUUUCAUCUUCAGCUACAUGGGAUAUGUAUUGUUGACAUUUCCUCACCAUGUCUUUAAAGUUCUCUUCAUUACUGGAGCAUUUCUCUCCAUCUUUGUAUCAAGAGCCUGUAACGUCUACCCCUUUUCAUUCCUCCUAAACCUCGGACGCACAACCAAGAUACCUCGCAGCUUCCAGCAUUUCAUGAUGUUUGCAGGUUUCAGGGGGGCUGUAGCGUUUAGCCUGGCAAUAAGAGACACAUCCACAGAAGUGAGGAGCACCAUCUUCACCACCACUCUGCUGCUGGUCGCCUUCACCAUCUUGGUGCUGGGUACCGCUGCUGAUCCCAUGCUGCGCCUUCUGAACAUCAGAGUGGGCGUGGAUUCAGAUGAAAACUCAGAUGACCUUUCUUUUGAGGUUGCUACUGGGAGGCCAGACACAACAGGAGGCCUGUGGCACCGUCUGGACUACAAAUAUCUAAAGCCGGUGCUGACACACUGUGGCCCUCCCCUCACCGACUCACUGCCACAGUGCUGUUGGGUAUUUGCCAGACUCUUCAGCAGCACCAAUGCCCAGGAUGUUGAAGUGCAGCUGUGUGAGACCGAUCGAGAUGACUCCACCUUAGAUAUGGAGAAAAUGGAGAACCAGCUCGGCUCUAUAGGUGGUGACUCUGGAUCCGUGCACCAGGAAGACCUGCUGGAGGGAGACCUGGGACUUGGUACUGCUCCUGUACUUGCCAUGGAGGCCUGACGCUCCAGGAGUCAUCUCCAAGCCGAGCUAAUCAGACCCUGCUGCCCCGAGGCUCGGGCGCUGCCUCCCACAGUGGCUGGGGUCACUGGCCAGGGCAUCUGAGAGAAGCCGACCGGGAGUCGGCGUCACAAUGCCUCCCGAAAAGGUCACGCUCUCCCCUUGUGCUGACAUGCAUGCAAAGACACAUUCGCAGAGGGAGAAAUUGCAAAGGCCAUUGCUCCUUCUGUAGCUCCGCUGAUGAUUUUCUUGGCUUGUUUUGCACAAGUUUCAAGGAAUUAAUUGAAUGGCUUAAAUAUAAUUAUUAAUCCUGCUUUGAAGUGCCUAAUGUUUAACACAAUUAACAGGAGGCAGAAACUCACCUGUGUGUGCUCAAAAUACCUUUCACACAGCAAGCAAAAUCAUAAUGGCACAGUUGUGAAAAUACAGCAUGCUUAGUCACACAUGAAUUGCCAGUUGAGCAGCUUCAUGCUACUCGGUUACAUAAGGUCUUGCUUACGAGCUUUAGGAAGAAUUGUUCUCGAAUUGAAGGCUACAAUAUUUCCCUUAAUCAGCUGACAUGGUAUUUUUGUACCAACUUUGCUUUGCUCUUCCCCGACUCCUUAUUAAACUUUUAUUGCACUGUUUUCCGCUACAAUCAUUUUAACUGAUUCAAAAUGUAUUGCACUGAAUUUACAACAUCCCCUUCAAGACUUGCUCAUUCUGCGGCAAGCUAAAAUAAUUCCAAAUGCUAAAGUAUAUUAACAGCACUUGGCAGAGACCAUUAGCAUGUGAGGUUUCCUCUGACUUCUUUAUAGAUUGGACUUUGUUGCCUUCUGAGUACAUCAUUAUAAAUCUCUGGGCCCCAUUCCCCUUGUGUGAAGCAGGGUGUUGUGUACUGCACACAUCCUAUCUGUGAAGGUUAGGCUUUGUGAAUAUGCAGACUGUUAAUACAGCCAUUGUCCUUGAAGUGAGGGCUUUCCAUUUGUAUGUUGUGAAUGCAUGGGUGCAUCAAUAGAAUGCUCCUCUGUUUCAGUCCUCACUUGCUGAAGAGAAAUGCAAUGCAUUCUCCUUUGUUUAUAACGAUGUUUGUAUUCAGUUUUGUUCUGAGCCAAAGGGACUGAAUGAUAGCAACAUAGCAUCAUGAGUCCUCAGAUGGAGACGCUCAAGCUGCAGUCCAAUCCUUAAAGAAACAGUUGCCCCAAAAUUUCUCAUUGUUGGUGUAAUUCCGAGUACAUUCAUACUAGUUUUGGUGUGAUUUUCUGGGAUAAGAAGCUAUCACCUAUACAUCCAAACACAACGCACAGCAAAAUAUUUGGUUUGUGAUGCUCAAAGUAUCAAAACAUUACAAUUUGAAAAC